AUUUUCUCGUCUGUUGAUAUAAUGGCCCAGCAUCGAUCACAGGUUAGAGCCAAGCGCACAGCCGAAAAUACCGAGGCUUGGAUCUUUGGAAGUGGAACUGAAUCCUUAGCGUCAGCGCUAUAUUUGAUUAAAGACGCCAAGAUACAUCCGUCCAAAAUCCACAUUAUAGACAAGCACCUGUUCUCUGAGCGCAUCCCACACCACGCUGGUAGUUCCUCGGGCGGAUACGAUCAAUUUGCCGAAUGCUUGCCCGUUCCGGCAGGCUUACCAAUGGAAAGGCUUCUCGCAAUGCUUCCCUCAGCCCAGUUGCAAGGGCCAUCCCUUUUGGACGACAUAAAAAGAGCUGAAGAAAGUCGGAUCUCUGCGAAGAAAAAUGUUCGAACCUGCUUUCUCGCCCUUGCCAAAGGCUCAGUGAGUCACGUACCAACCGAUUCACUACAUUUGAAUCACAAGCAGCGAAUGGCUUUGAUACACAUUCUAUUCAAGCGCGAAAAAUAUUUAUUGCACAGACAAGUCCAGGAGCUUUUCUCAGAAAGCUUUUUCAGAUGUCCCUUCUGGGCAAUUUGGUCCGCUCAAUUUGGCUUUCAACCAUGGCACAGUGCGGCAGAGUUCAGGCGCUCCUUACGCCAAUAUCUGCCUCAGUUUCACAGUUUAAGUAUUCUAAGCUGCCUCGACAUCACAGGCUAUUAUCAAUAUGAGUCUUUGUACCUGCCGGUAUACUUUUAUCUUCAAAGCCGUGGUGUUGAUUUUCGGUUUGGUGUCGAAGUCAAGGAUAUGGAAGUGACCAACGACAACGCCGAACAAGGAGUUACUGGAUUUAAUCUCGUCCAAGGCAACCUGGAACUGCGCAAGCAACUAGGGGAGAACGAUAUCGUCAUUAUUAAUCUUGGAUCCACUAUCUCGGGUUCAGCCGUUGGCACAAAUGAUUCUGCGCCAGUGUGGCAAUCACUCAAUGCGGACGAUGUGUUAGAUCAAAAUUGGUCGGUAUGGUUGGACCUGGGAAAUAAGCACACGCGCUUUGGCAAUCCGUAUAACUUUUGCACACGCCAGUCAGAAUCUAUGUUGAUAUCCUUCACCAUCACGACACAAGAUGUUGUGUUCUACGAUGAUCUCAUAUCACUUUCCAAUUGCACAUCUGAAGCCGGAGCAUUCUUAUUUCUCGAUGACAGUAAUUGGAAGAUCAACCUCUGCAUACCCGCUCAACCGGUUUUUGCUGCGCAGCCGCAAGAUGUCCGCGUUCUUUGGGGUUUUGCGCGUUUUCCGGGAGUCGAAGGCAAUUACGUGAAGAGGACAAUGCUCCACUGUUCAGGUGCGGAUAUAACGACUGAGGUAUUGGGACACCUCAAUCUUCACUAUAACUCGCCGUUAGCACACACUGUCACCAUUCCCCGUGCGAUGCCCCGGAUGAGUUCAUUGUUUCUGACCAGGGCAUUAGGCGACCGUCCAUCAAUUACGCCGGUCUCCAAUGUUGGUUUGGUGGGGCCUUUUACAGAAUUUCCGCGUUAUACAUGCGCAGACGUCAGUUACGGCAUCCGCACUGCCCAAAUGGCGGUCUAUAAGUUAAUGGGCAUGGAAGGAGACGUGAAUGAUUCUUUGAAAUCAAAAACCUCGGUUAUCAAGAAAAUUCUGUUUUGGAGAUAG